GCCUUACACAGUGAUAGAGAGGAGGAGGAGGGAUGGAAAGCGCAUCCUCACAUCUAUCAGGGACAGACACCAUCCUGAGUGAAGUGAAGUGAUCACCCUCUACUCACCUGCUCUCACACUAGUGUCCCUCUGUGAUCACAGCCUGGUCUGGACCAGGGAGAUUCCCUCUACACCUAUACCAGAGACUUCAAAACCUCUGGAAAACCCACUGGCUAACUCUAUCCUCAGCAGUGUGUAUCUUGUCCUGCUCAUCCAGUGGAAAUACCCAGUGUAAAUGGUCUAUGUGGACCUGUUCACGUCUGGAUCUGCUUAACUGAUGUCUCCUCACUAAAACAACACCUGGGAUACCCAGAAAGGACGAAUCAUAAUAUCCUGGUCUCUUUGAAUUGGACUGGACAUAUCAUAAUCUCAUAUGGGACAUAUCCAACAUGAUGACAAGUACGUGAAAAGAGAAGAAAGUUAACAUUGCAAUGGGGCCUGCUGCUGUAGUGAUGCCUCUGACUAGUUUUCUGUGAAAUAUGGAGAAAUCUGGUCUGAUGCUGGCCUCUAUUCCCAAUCGCACAGGGGCCAACCUCACAACUGGCCUAUGGGGACCCAACCCCACAGUCCCCGCAGAGGUGGGAGUGGUCACCAGCUCCCAGUCUCAGAUCAAAGAUCUGAUUGGGCUGUUUGCAAUGGUGACCCUUAAUCUCAUCGCCCUAUUGGCCAACACUGGAGUCAUGGUGGCCAUCGCCCGCGCCCCUCACCUGAAGAGGUUUGCCUUUGUGUGCCACCUGUGUGCAGUGGACCUGCUGUGUGCCAUCCUCCUCAUGCCCCUGGGCAUCAUCUCCAACUCACCCUUCUUUGGCACCGUGGUGUUCACCGUGUUGGAAUGCCAGGUCUACAUCUUCCUCAAUGUGUUCCUCAUCUGUGCCUCCAUCCUCACCAUCACCGCCAUCAGUGUGGAGCGCUACUACUACAUCGUCCAUCCCAUGCGCUAUGAGGUGAAGAUGAGCAUCAAUCUAGCCAUCGGCAUAAUGCUCCUCAUAUGGGUCAAGUCCAUCCUUCUGGCCCUGGUCACCCUGUUUGGUUGGCCUGCCUACGGGGCCCACAGCUCCAUCGCUGCCAACCACUGCUCCCUCCACUGGAGCCACAGUCGGUUGAGGAAGGUGUUCGCUGUGCUCUUCAGCGUGGUGUGUUUCCUGUUACCUGCCAUUGUCAUCUUUGCUGUCUACUGUAACGUGUACAAGGUGGCGCGCUCAGCUGCCCUGCAGCACGCACCCGCGACAACCACCUGGGCCUUGUCCAACCCAGCCAAACGUGCCAACCGUUCUGACUCCAUCAACAGCCAGACCACCAUCAUCACCGCCACACGCAGCCUGCCCCAGAGACUGUCCCCUGAGAGGGCAUUCAGCGGGGGUAAGGCUGCCCUCACCCUGCUGGUCAUUGUGAGCCAGUUCCUGCUCUGCUGGCUGCCUUACUUCUCCUUCCACCUGCACUUGUCCUUCAGAUCGUCCCUGCAGAGUCCCGGGGACGUGGAGGAGGCCGUCACUUGGCUGGCCUACUCCUCCUUUGCUGUCAACCCUUUCUUUUAUGGCCUUCUCAACAGACAGAUCAGGGAGGAGUUGGUCAAGUUCCGGCGCUGCUGCUCCUCCGGGCCGGUGGAGCUGGUGGCCUCCAGCCAUGAGGGCUCCUUUCAGGAGAACUUCCUCCAGUUCAUUCAGAGAACCAGCAGCACGGCCGACAAGCGCUCCAGCUGCACCACCUCCAGCCCCAGGAACACUCUGGACCAGGGGAUCAGAAUACCUGGCCAGAUACCAGAGGAGCAUGGCUAAACAGAGGCCAGUGGAUAGCACACUUCAAUUUGGACUGUUAAUAUGACAGCCAUCGGUACUCGUAGCACCCUGAGUUUUUCCUGAUUAUGUGUCCUGACCAGGAAAACUAUAGGGCCCUGAGAUUUUUCAAGUCAGAUCAUGUGGUUGGUAAAAACUCAAGCCCCUACUCAUAAGCUGUGCAUAAUAUGCCUCUGAGUAGGUGUCCAUUAUUUAUUGGUAAGGUCUCCAACACAAGACCAGUGUUUUAAUGUGAAAUAUGAAAUUAUUGUGACAGAAUUUCAUUGACUUUACCAUUGUUUCAUGACAGGCCUAAACCGAAACAUUCUGUUACAGUCUCCAUAUAUACUUCCAUUCAUUUUUUCAGCUGGUACCAAGGGACCUUCAGAUGAGUUUUGUAAGGCCUGUGGCCUCAACAUCAUGUUCGUUAGUCUCAUCUUUCCAUAGUUUGUAGGCCAAACCAUUGGUAAGCUACAGAUGAUUUUGUGAGCAGACCGAUUUUCGGGAUUGUCUUGUGGUCUGACAAACAUCGCUCUAGUUUUGUCACCUUUCACCACAGAUGCAGAAUUGUGAUAUAGGCAGAUGUGGUGGAUUGAGAUGAGAGGCAUCCAAUCCCAAAACAAACACAUCCCUAUCUUAAAUUGACAGAUUUUUAUGGGGAUUGUUUUAUUAUUACAAUUAGACUGACACAGGGGCGCGGAGAUCGACCUUAGGGGGUUAAAGUGUAUGCUUGUUUCAUACAAUGUUGAAUGAAUUGUAAACUCAGCAAAAAAAGAAACGUCCUCUCACUGCCACCUGCGUUUAUUUUCAGCAAACUCAACAU